AAUUUCAGUGUCAUAAGGUUUAUUUAUUUUCUACCAACGCAUGGGGAAUAUUCAUCAAAAAACCGCUCCUGAACUUCAGGAGCAAGAUGACUUUGAAACUUUUCGACGGCUCAUCUCUUCAGAGCAACUUCUCGGUGAUUCCCGGGUUCUCGGAAAAUGUGCGACUGAAUUGGAGCUGGACGAUUUUUUGAGGGCAGUUGUGGAUUUAGAUUUGCAAAGCUUGAUCGAUAAACUACAAGCCAAAGACGGCCUGAAUGCGUAUACGGUUUUAUGCGCCUAUGCUCGAAGAAUGUUGGAUUGUCAGACAAGGCUUGACUGUGUGGCGGGAGUUGUAAUGGAGGCUUUCCAAACCGCCCAAGAUACAGACACUUUGUGGUACAACUCGGAAGAAAAGCCUCCACUCUACGGGAUCCCGUUUAGUAUCAAAUGUGAUGGAGAAUCAGGAUUGGCGAAUUCCCCAAUAACCACACAUUUGAGGAACUUGGGAGCGAUCCCAUUUGUAACAACCAGUAUUUCCAAAACCCCGCAUCCCAGGAACCCCUGGGCUCUCGACUGCUCGCCCGGAGGGCUUUGUGGAGGUGAAGCUGCACUGGUGGCCGACGGUGGAGCUCCGUUUGGGUUUGCACCGGACUUGGACGCUGGAAGUCUGAGAAUUGCAUCGGCGUUCUGUGGACUGGUGACCUUAAAACCGACCAGGGACCGAUUCCACGUGUCGGGAAGUAAUAGCUACGGAUUCUACACGAAAAAUGUGCAGGAUCAGGUGUUCCUGCUCAAGCUUUUUAUUGGGUCAGCCGGUUAUCGAGGUCUCGAGCCAAUGUCUUCGCCUGCUCCGUUGAUGGAUUUGAAACUUGAGAAUAAGCUGAAAAUCGGAUGGUUUGAAGACGAUGGAUUUAAUGCGCCAGUGCCGUCAAAUCGCCGAGCCGUCGUUGAUACUAUUGGCCUUCUCGAGAAGCAGGGCUAUGAAGUUGUCAAAUUUGAGAUGGAAGACAUUUUCCCGCCGUUCCAAGUUGCACAGAUGUUUUUCAAGACCCAACGGCCAGUCGACUCGAAUUUUAUUCCAAAUCUCUAUAAAUCAAACUCACAAUGCCUCGGGAGAUUCGGCAAAUUUUUAAAUUUUCCCAAACUUGUCGCUAGAAUUUCUAAACGAGCAGCGGUGAUUUCACAGAGCUCGAAUAUGAAAGAAAUGUGCAAAAAUCUAGAGGAUAUUGAGAGUUAUAAGUUGAAGUUCAUCGAGUACUGGAAGAGCCUUGGCGUUGAUGUGUUGAUAUGUCCUGCGUUUUGUAUACCCGCUGUUCCUGAAAAAUAUCUACCCGAACUCGUGAACACCCGCCUAUCCACCGGCCUAUUCAAUAUGCUGGAUUUUCCGGCUGGCAUCGUGCCAGCCGGCCAUGUGACGGCAGAUGACGUGGCAAAUUUGGAAGAUGAGAAGAUUUUUCCGAUUGACGAUGCCCUUCUCCGAAAGCAGCGUGACGCAUGUGUCAACUCAGAAGCCAUGCCGAAUUCGGUUCAAAUCGUCGGAUUACCGAAUGAAGAGGAAACUGUGCUGGAAGUUAUGAAGAUCGUUGAGAAUCUACAUGGACCAAUGAGUAACCCGAAAGGAUUUUAAAAUAAAAAAUUAUAAUUGUUUGUAGAAACCGAAAAAGCUUUUUGUAGUAUGCUAUCAAGUUUCUGAUUGCUCUUUCCGCUAGCUAGCCUAGCGCUAGGCAAAACAUUUCUCUAUUCGUUUGUCAAAUCGUAAAAGAAAAUAAACAAAAUGACGUAAUAUCUUUUAUCACCAGUAAUGUAUCUUCUUUUUUCAUUUUCUUUACUUUUUUUAAAUUGUUUUGUUAGCCUGAACUAUAGUAAUUUUCAUGUAUAUAGCUAUGUUAUUAAAUGAUUCAGUUUCAAAAAA